AUGUUUUCACAAGCUUGGUCGUCUAUCACGUCAGAUAGUUUUAUUUUGUCAACUAUUUCGGGAUAUAAAAUUCCUUUUUUAUCAACUCCGGUUCAAAACUCCGAACCACCGGAGUUUUCGGGAUCUGAUUCUGAUGUUUUAGCGAUGUCAGAGGCUUCAUCUACUGGCCGAGAAAUUAACGCUGUUGGCAGGGAAAUUAUCUGGGAGUCUUUUAAAAGUCGUGGCAUAAAAGAAGAUUCGAUUAAAUUAUUAAUGUCUUCAAUCACUCCAUCAACUAAGAAACAAUAUGAAAAACCAAUUAGAGAAUGGGUUUCUUUUUGUAAGAAAAAUAAUUAUAAUAUUUUUAGUCCGAAUGAGCAAGAGGUCAUGGAAUGGUUGGUUGAGAAAUUUAACGAGGUUUUAUCAUAUAGUUCUUUAAAUGUAUAUCGAUCAGCGUUAUCAUUUUUAUGCGGGGAUUUUAUCGGUAAAAGUCCUCUGAUUUGCCGGUUACUUAAA